GGCUGGUCAGGGGGAGCCUGGGCGGCGCUAGGACCUCGCGCUGCUCGGGCUCGGGCUCCGGCUCCGGGCUCCGGCUCCGGCUCCGGCUCCGGUUCCUGCUCCGGCUCCGGUUCCUGCUCCGGCUGCAGCGGGGCCUGGGCCAGUAGCGGCUCCGGGGCUGCGGAGGCGCUGGGGGCCCAACUGCAGCGCCAUGUGAGCGGGACCGGGUACGGGUGCUCCCCGGGGGAGGUGUGACCCUUUUUCCCCCUCCCCCGGGUGACCGGAAGGCUGCUUCCACCCCAAGAUUGCUGGAGAGACAUGAAUAAAAAUAAGGGCCAACGAUCAGUGGUGCUAGGGGCCCUGUUUGCGCUCAUCACCCUCCUCAUCCUCUACAGCUCCAACAGCGUCAACGACGUCUUUCCCUAUAGUUCUCUUCGAGGCCGCUUCCACCGGACACCCAACCUGAAGAAGUGGGCCAUCGCUGACAGCUAUGUCCCAGUCCUUGGCAACAAGACACUGACCUCCCACUGUCACCAGUGUGUGAUCAUCACCAGCUCAAGCCACCUUCUGGGCACAAAGCUGGGACCAGAGAUUGAACGAGCAGAGUGUACCAUCCGCAUGAAUGAUGCGCCCACCACAGGCUAUGAGGUGGACGUGGGGAGCAAGACCACCUUUCGAGUUGUGGCUCACUCCAGCGUGUACCGCGUUCUGCGGCGGCCCCAGGAGUUUGUCAAUAAGACACCAGAGACUGUGUUCAUCUUCUGGGGACCUCCCAGCAAAAUGCAGAAACCCAAUGGCAGCAUGCUGCGCGUCAUCCAGCGCGUGGGUCUGGCCUUCCCCAACAUGGCCGCCUACGCCGUCUCACCCACCCGAAUGCGCCAGUUUGAUGACCUCUUCCGGGGUGAGACAGGCAAGGACAGGGAGAAGUCUCGAUCCUGGCUGAGCACAGGCUGGUUCACCAUGGUAAUUGCCGUGGAGCUGUGUGACCGGGUCCAUGUCUAUGGGAUGGUGCCACCCAACUACUGCACCCAGCAGCCCCAGCCGCACCGGAUGCCCUAUCACUACUAUGAGCCCAAGGGGCCAGAUGAAUGCGUCACCUACAUCCAGAAUGAGCGUAGCCGAAAGGGGAAUCACCACCGCUUCAUCACUGAGAAGAGGGUUUUCUCCUCCUGGUCUAGGGCCUACAACAUUACCUUCUCCCAUCCCUCCUGGACAUAAGGGUGUCUCCUGGACAAUCAGGGCUCGGAGGGUAGGUUUCUGGACAAUCAGGGUGUAGGGGGUAGGUUCUGGCCAGUUGGGACUCAGGAGAAUUCUGCUGGCCAAUCAAUUUCUCAACUAAUUGAUCUUGGAACCUCUUCUAGUCAUUUGAGGCCUGGAGGACAGGAUCUCCGGGUUAUUUGGCAUCUCUGAGGGUAUCUUUUGGCCAAUCAGGGUCUUGGAGGCAUAUCUUAGCUAAACAGGGUUUGGGCUACAUUUCCUAAUGAAUCAGGGUCUUGGAGUAUCCUUCAGCCAACCUGGGCUAUGAUCCCAUUUCGGAAUUAAUUAGAGGACAAAGACAUGACCUUCCCCAUGAGGCCUUAGUUCUGAUUUCUUUGGCCCUGAAGUGUUUCUCCCUAAAGAGACACCAGAAAGAAAAACCAACAAACGAAAAAAAAACUGGAUUUUAGGGGUCCUGGGCUCAGAGACUUGGGGGGUGGGGAGGGCUUGGACCAAGAGCUGAGAAAGGAGGCAUAUGACAUGCCCUUUGCCACAGGCGCAAACCACUUUGAACUGUCUCAGUGCCCCUGACCACUGAAGCCUGGGCCUGCUCUCUCACCAAGUCUUCUAAGUGAAGCAGGACACAGCCUCCCCUUCUCUCCGCUUGCUGGGUUCCUUUUGUCCUAGCCUGAUGAGAGGGCUGAGUACAGUCCUUAGCAUUUCUGUGGCCCUGUACUUUCCAGUGGCCUUUUCCUUCACUCCAUACAACUUGGAAGUGUUUGCUUCUCCCCAUCCUCUGGCACUCAAAAUGGGAAGAAAAGGAGAGAGAGAAAUGAUUAUAUACUAUAGAAGAUCCCUGGACUGAGACCUGGGGUCCUAGUCUCAACUCUGCUGCUAAUUCACUAUUGGACCCUGGGCAAGUGACUUUCCCUCUAUGGGGUCUCAUUUUCUUCCUGUAUAAAUUGAAGGGUUUGGACUCAAUGAUCUCUAAGGUCUCUUCCAGUCCAGAUGUUUUAGAAUUCUAUUUCUGACCCAAUGCCCUUUACUUUCUCUCUCUUCUUUAGUUCCCAUUCUAUUUCUGGUUCUGGGCAGGCAUGGGUUGGGAACUCUGCUCUAUCAGGAUAGGCAAAGAACCUCUCCCAGACCCCUACUCCCCUGUCCUUCCAAUACCUCUUUCUUCCCAAGGCUGUGAUUGGCAGGGAAGGGGCAGGGGGAACAUUCCACUCCUGAGGGGGUAAGCAUCCAACUGGAUUCAUCCCUUACUUCCUGCCCCCUUACAGCUGCUAAUCUCCUUGAAAAUUCAAUCAAUAGUGCCUCAUUUCCUCUUCUCCAUUUGUUCCCCCUCCCACCUCCCCAAUUUGACGGUGUUUCUGUCUUGCCCCAGUGAGGUCCCUUCCCACCUGCUGAGUGAUUUUCCACUAGUUUGGGAAGGAACUUACGGCUGCAGGCUUGACACCCAGAUUCCAGAAAAAGGAGAUGGGCAUUCUAACUGCAUUUAGAAUUUUGUAUGUACAUCCCUUGUGUCUGGAGGGGUUAAAAGCCCUACUAACCAAAAAGCCAACUGGCUGCUCAAGUAGCAGAAGAAGGAAUGAAGAGAGAAAGAGCACUUGGGUUCCAGGUUCCCUCCCUUCUGACUUGUCACUUUAUUGCUGACUCUGUUUUUUCCCUAGGAGAGCAGCCCCAAAGGAGCUGGUGGGGAUGGAGUGGGUGUCCCUAGCUACUCAGCAUGCCAUCUUGUUCCUAAGUGUCAAGAUGAAGGACGUGGGAUAUGUGAUAAAGCAUUCCUGGAUGUGUCUCUUUUGAGGGUGGCUGGGGUGGCCAUGUAGAAGAAGGCAGGUUGAGGACAGAGGCUAAGCAAGCAUGUGGGGCAGGGAGUGUACAUUCUGUUCUUGGGUGUCAGCACGAGCCUUCCUCUCACUACCACCACCACCACCACCACCACCACCACCACCACCACCACUACUACCACUACUCAAUUUCCUCAGCCCUGAAAGGUGGUUUUGUAAUGGUUUGUACAGGAAUAAAUAUUAUUAAGCUCUCA